AUGAUCAAGCUGCUGAAUUUGUGGCUCAAAAAGAAUUUCGAUUACGAGUUGGUAGAGGGAUGUACACGACAAGAGAAACGCUUCGAACCUUCGGAAGUCGACCAAGUGGACACGUCCGACAGUGCUUUCAGCCACAAGCUAGCAGCGGAUGCGAUGUUUAAAACAGAACAUCAGGAAGAAGAUAAAAGCAAAGCAACUAAUGACGAGGUCCGCAUGGAGAAAAUUGAAUGGGUUCAGGAAAGGUUACGUGAUGAUUUUGCUGCUAACCAGGCUCUCCGAGCGCAGUUCAGGCCCUAG